AUGUCGUACAUGCUACCGCAUCUCCACAACGGCUGGCAGGUCGACCAAGCCAUCCUAUCCGAGGAGGACAGAGCCCUGGUUAUUAGGUUUGGACACGAUUGGGACCCAACAUGUAUGAAAAUGGACGAGGUGUUGUACAGCAUAGCUGAAAAGGUAAGAUGUAUGUUAUUGUACUAUUGUUGACAUUUGUGAAUAGGGUUGUUGCGGUGACCUUAUUAUCGCCACACCGGCGGUCAUGAAGGCAGUCAAAUUCCACGUGACCGGUUCGUCACGGUAAUUAGGCAUCUCCAAGCGCUGAUGGUCAUAAGUAGCCUACCAAAUUUGCUAACUGCCUGGUACUCCGUACUCUAUUGUCCCUCUAAUCACUCUGACCUCAAUGCAAAUGUUAUCGAAAAUCUAAUCUAACACUUCAUGAGAGCCCAUGAGCUCAUGGGCAACAUUUCUAUAGGCUAUGCAAUUGCGGGAGAAACAGAGUGAUGAUCUCAUCAGCUUUCUAUAGGCUAGGCCUACUAUAUUUAUUUCUCAACGUUCCUAAUAUUAAGCACAUUGCUUAUCUUUACAACAGGAGUAUAGCCUACCUGGCUGGCAUGAAAAUGAACCAGGGGAAAAGUGUUCUCCAUUUUUUACAUUUUUAGUCAUUUAGCAGACCCUCUUAUCCAGAGUGACUUACAGUUAGUGAGUGCAUACAUUUUCAUACUGCAUAGAUGACAUGUAUUUUUCCCCUGCCCCAGUUUCAAGACAGGGGCAUGAUAAUGGUCCAUUCUAAAUCAAAACAAAUUUCACACAUUAUUUAGUAUAUGUAAAGACAAGAAUAGUCUGAUGGGUGACAAUAUUAGCCUAUCACUUGUGAAUUACAUAUUAUCAUGUGUGAAUAAUGCCCAGCGUAAGGCAAGAAACAACUUCGGAGCAUGCGGAACUCAGGGAGAAGGGCACAACGGCCACUGGCCACAAAAGGCAUGGAUUUUUUUAGCCCACAGCCAUUUGGCAUAGCCAGAUCAGGACCUAACAUAAGGACAACUCAUAGUAUGCUAUGCUGUUCUUCUGAAAUAUACAUCAUAUUUCUUUAGACCUGUCCAAAAUAAAUAAUGGAUUUAUUGUGAAGGUGUUGGCUAAAUUACAUGGAUUUAUUAGACUUUUUAAAAUGUAGAUGUUCCAAAGAUCUGCAUUAGUGUAUUUUUCAUACUGGCCCCCUGUGGGAAUCGAUCCCACAACCCUGGCGUUGCAAACGCCAUGCUCUACCAACUGAGCUACAUCCCUGCCGGCCAUUCCCUCCCCUACCCUGGACGACGCUGGGCCAAUUGUGGGCCGCCCCAUGGGUCUCCCGGUCGCGGCCGGCUACGACAGCCUGGAUUCGAACCAGGAUCUCUAGUGGCAAAGUUCCCACUGCGCCACUCGGGAAACACAAUUGGAUUGUAGGCUAUGUGUGGAAACCAGGAGAUGCUAAAUGUGUUUAUGUUAAUUAACGGUCAAUUACCGUGAGACCGACAGUUAUUUGCUUGACAAUCACCGGCUGACGAAAUUUCAUGACCGCCACAGCCCUAUUUGUGAAGACAUUUCAUUGAACUUUGCUAUUUUUACAGUACAAACAUCACUAUCCCACCCUACAGGUGAAGAACUUUGCAGUCAUCUAUUUGGUGGACAUCACAGAGGUGCCGGACUUCAACAAAAUGUACGAGUUGUAUGAUCCUUGCACCGUCAUGUUCUUCUUCAGGUGAGUUUCAAGUUGUCGUCAUGUCCGGCCUUCACUUCAGAGCCAUGCAAACCAAUGACUUGCUAAAUUGAUGCAAAUGUUCAACAAAAAUGGGUGUAGCAAACACAGGCUCUCAUGCCAUAUAGGCUAGCUGUGAAAACAGUGAUGCUUAGCCCUACGAAGCUUGCCAUCAUGUAUACAGUUGUAACACUAAGUACAGUUUAACAGUACAGUAACGUUCCGCUUAUGGCAUAUCAUAGGAGAAGCAUGUGAGUUUAGGACUCGGCCAAUGACUGUACCUGUUUUAGCAGCACGUGUCCUGUGUUGGACGGUAUUUGUAAUCAGUAGACUUUCUGAUGGAAAGCUCAUUGGUUACAUCGCCAAGCAAUACCUAAGAAAGUAUUAAAUCCAAUCUAUUUUCAAGUGGAUUCCACAACUGUGCCAAAGAUUUGUAUAACUAUCCCAAGAUGGACCACAGCCUGUAAUUUCCAAUGGGAACACAUGAGUCGUAGUGGGCAGAACAAGCACCAGCUAGAGAGAUCAUAUUGGCGCUUUCUAGCAUGUGUUUGCAUAUUUCCGUUAGGGAACGCCUACUCUGUGAAGUGCGCGUGUGCAAUAACUCAAUUCGCCCUUGCACUCCUUCUAAGCAACACCAUUAAAAAAAAAAAAUUGGCAAAGGGUAAAGUCUACCAAACUUAGUCCACUCUGUUCGUAACAGAUUCUAGUUUUGGGAACCGAAAACUGUAUUGAGAUCAAAUGUUUCAUCAAUGAGAGACUUUGCAGAAUCAAGGUUGUCCAAAAUCCAUCUCAUUCCAUCUUCUACUGCCGGCCACAGUGCUUCAUCUUAUUACCAUAUUUGGUAGUGAGUGGAAAUGACAACCGGAUGCUUCACCUUUUAUACAUCUGGUGAAAUAUCUGGCUCAUAGUUCCAUCUGUGACUGUGCACUCGCAUGGCAUGCUCUCGCCUCUAGACAAGUAAACAGACUGUUCGCAGUCAUGCCACUUCCUGUCUGUGGUUCACACGCAGUAGCCACACAAAAUAAAUAAAAAUAAAUAGGUCAUUUAGCAGACGCUCUUAUCCAGAGUGACUUACAGGAGCAAUUAGGGUUAAGUGCCUUGCUCAAGGGCACAUCAACAGAUUUUUCACCUAGUCGGCUAGGGGAUUAGAACCAGCGACCUUUCGGUUACUGGCACAACGCUCUUAACCACUAAGCUACCUGCCGCCAUAAAAUGGACACAGUGCUGACACGCACUGGUCAACAAAAUAAUAUAAAUGUGUAUUGCAGCUAGAUUCGAGUGGGUGGUGGUAGCAUCAAACAAUUGGAUUUAAAACUUUCUUGGGCACCGCUUGGCAAUACAAACGAUGAUGUUUCCAUCAAAACCAUCUACCAAUUACGGAUACCAUCCAACACGGGACACAUGCUGCUAAAACAGGUACAGCAACGGGUCGGGCGAAAUCUCACAAGCUGUUGCUAUGGAAUGCCCUUAGACCCGACUUAUUAAUAAAUUAAAUGAUUAAUAAAGUUGUCUAAAUUAGGGCUACGGGAUGCUCCGUCUUAAAACAAUUGCCCCACGCUACUUCAGUUGACUGAGCGCUCCCCUCUUUUUUUAGUCCUGCAUGACUCUGUGAAACAUAUUCCUUCUCCUCUGCACUGUUCCAGGAACAAGCACAUCAUGAUAGAUCUGGGGACUGGUAACAACAACAAGAUCAACUGGACCAUGGAGGACAAGCAGGAGAUGAUUGACAUUGUUGAGACCGUUUACCGAGGGGCGAGAAAAGGACGAGGUCUGGUCGUAUCUCCUAAGGACUACUCCACAAAAUACAGAUACUGAUUGGUUCUUCCCUUUCCAUUGCUUUGUGUGAAGCCCAAUGGGAGCAAAUCUGUGUCUUUUCAAUAUGAGACUUUCUAGACAGCUGGACUACAAAAAGGCUCAGAUUGAGGUCUUCUGCUCUUUUUUUAAUCAUGUUACAGCCAAGUAAUAUUUUUUCAACAGCAGUUAUAAAAACCAUAAUUUAGUUUCUUCUUUGAUUUAAUGCAUGUCAUUUUCAAAUUUGAUAUUGCAAUUUAGUUAUCACUUCAUAGACCAGUUUCCCAGACCCAGAAUAAGGCUAGUCCUUGAUUAAAAAUAAUUAUCAGUGAAAAAUUUCCAUUGAAGGUGUUGUUUUUUUCAAGGCUACGGUAGACUAUCAGGAAUCACCCACCACUCAUCUGAGCUGCAGGCAGUUUGCAUGUUUAAAGCAUAUACUUAAUUUUUGGAAAACUGGAUAUUUUACCUUCUAUUAUGAGGGAUGUCUUACCUUGCUUCCAAGUAGCCUAGCCAAAAUCCGACCAUAGAAACAUUGAUGGAAUUAUUUUAUAAAGGUUUACUCAUUUGCCAUUGAAACCAGCAUUUCUC